AUGUUUGAUAUUAAUUCAUUAAUAAUGAUGUGUUGUUUUGAAAUAAGAUUAACUGGAAAAGUUGUACCUUAUAUGUGUCGAAUAUUUUUUGAUAAUCAACUAUCAGUCAUAUUAACUAAACUUGAAGCAAUUCACGAAAAAUUGAUACAUCUGAAUGUGAUUAGACCGAUGCAAAUAAAAAUAAAUUGGCUUUUCAUAAUACUCUUUGAUUUAUUUUCAAAUCUAUGCGAAUGCAUUGUAUUUUAUGAAUACAUACUACUGGUAUUAUACAUUCGGUGGAUGGUGUACAUCAUAAACGAACAAAUCCCGCAAAGACAUUCAACCAUAAGUACCUUCAGAGAUAUGUAUUUGGAAGUCAUAGAAUGCUUGAACGAUAUAAAUACAUCAAUAUACGGCUUACCGGCUAUAUGGAGUUUUAUUGGUGCAAAUAUUAGUCUAGUGAUGUUAUUAUUGUACUAUGCUUUAAUUUUUCCUAGUUUAAAUACAACUGGAUGUGUAUAUAAUAUUAUGAAAAUAUUAAUAACACUAUUCAAUGUUAUACUGUUAUACGGAAUUGGUCAUGCCACGGAAAAAGAGAUAAAUCGGAUGAGUUUUGUCUUAAACCAACGGUCCAUGAUAGAAAGAAACCCAAGAAUCAAACGUCAGAUUAAGUUUUUUAUCCUACGAAGACUGCACGAACACUUUAAUUUUGAGUUGUAUGGAAUAUGUGGAAUUAAUCUAAGACAUUUACUUAUUUUAUUAAACAAAGCAACCGGUUACUUUGUAAUUCAAACUUUGUUCAAAUUGAAUGGAAAUUAA